ACACUGACUUCCUAGUUUAAAGUCCUAUUAACCAUCAGAACACUGGACCUGGCCCUUUUGAGGUGGUGUCCAUCCCAGCGGUAUUGCUCCUUCCUGUCCCAGAACUGAUGCCAGUGCCCCGUGAAAAGGAAACCUUUUCUACACCAAUCUUUUAGCCACGUGUUUACUUCCCUGAUCCUCGCCUCCCUAUGCUAAUUUGCGCGUGUUUCGGGCAGCAAUCCAGAGAUUAUGACCCUUGAAGAACUGUUUUUUAAUUUUGUUCCUAGUUUUUCAUAAUCUCGAAACAGGUCUUUUUUCCUAGUCCUGCCUAUGUUGUUAGUACCUAUGUGGACCAGAACAACUGGAUUCUCCCCCUCCUCUCAAGCCAGUCAGAGAUGUCUCGCACCCUGACACUGGGCAGGCAACACACCAUGCGGGACUCUCUAUCCUGCUUGCAAAGGAUACUGUGUAUCCCACUGAUGAUAGAAUCCUUUACAACUACAAUCUGUCCUUUAGCUCCUUCCUCUUGAAUGGCUUCCUGAACCAUGGGGCCAUGGUCAGUUGACUCAUCCGUCCUGCAGCCCUGUCCCUCAUCCAUGCAGGGAGCAAGUGCCUCAAACUUAUGGGACAAUGUCAAGGGCUGCGGCUCCUGUGUUCCAGUCUGCAGGGUCCCUCCACCUGCCUCGCUCGCAGUCACACACUGCUGUCUCUGGCCAUUGAUCGAAUUAACAUUAGUUAGUCUACUAGGUGUGACUGCCUCCUGGAACAUGGCAUCCAGGUAUCUCUCCCCCAUCCUGGAUGUGCCGCAGUGUUUGGAGUUUGGAUUCCAGCUCACCAGUUUUGAGCUAGAGCUCGUCAAGCAGCCAACACUUGCUGCAGAUGUGGUCACUGCUGUUCUCAAUGGGAUCAGCUGGCUACCACGUCAUACAGCUACAACACAUCGCUUGACCUGCGAUCUUUACUUAGUUAAUUAUUUAAAAUGAAUUAGUGUUUUUUUUAAAGUUCCGCAGUGUUCUCUGCAACAGUAAGUUCACUCCAUUAUAUACUCAAACAGACUCCGGUUUUGCCUUCUGAACUGCUCCAGAGGAUUUGGCGUCUUGGUGACCUCCGCAGAAGAUAACAAAGAGAUGAGAAAAGAAAAAUGCAAAUAGAUGACUGCGAAAAUACCAAGCACUGGAGCAGGUGUACGUUCCUUUGGGAAUAUGGGGGCAAGAGUACCUUUGGCCUCUUCAUUGGGAAGGCCUGCAACGGGAGCUAUUCAGGAUGGAAUCACAGUUGCUAGACCUAUGACAGCAGUACGUGCAGCUGGCUAUUCUUCUGCAGCUUACAGAGGCUGUACAUUUGAUCCACUGGGGCAAUCAAGGGGUCCGGCUCCACCUCUUGAAACAAAGAACGAAGAUACGCCAGAGGAAAAAGUUAAGAAUUUAGAGAAGACUGUGAAUGAAUUGAUUGAAGAAAGUUGCAUUGCCAAUAGAUGUGGUGACCUACAAUUGGCCCUGGAAAAAGCAAAGGAAGCGGGGAGAAAGGAAAGGAUACUGGUGAGACAAAGAGAGCAAACAGCAUCUUCAGAUCAUAUCAAUCUGGAUCUUACUUACUCAGUACUUUUCAAUUUAGCCAGCCAAUAUGCAGCCAAUGAUAUGUAUGCAGAAGCUUUAAAUACCUACCAAGUGAUAGUGAAAAACAAAAUGUUCAAUAAUGCAGGUCGGCUAAAGGUAAACAUGGCAAAUAUUUACUUCAAGCAAAGAAAUUAUCCUAAGGCAAUAAAAUUUUAUCGGAUGGCAUUGGAUCAGAUAUCAAGUUCCCACAAAGAGAUGAGGAUUAAAAUAAUGCAGAACAUUGGUGUUGUAUUUGUCAAAAUGGGACAGUACUCUGAUGCAAUUACCUCCUUUGAGCAUAUCAUGAGUGAAAGCCCAAAUUUAAAAACCAGCUUUAAUCUCAUUCUAUGUUACUUUGCCAUUGGUGAUCGUGAAAAGAUGAAGAAAGCAUUCCAGAAACUUAUUGUAGUCCCACUUGGUAUUGAUGAAGAUGACAAAUACAUUCCACCUAAUGAUGAUCCACAUAUGAAUCUGGUGAUUGAAGCCAUCAAGAAUGAUCCACUCAGACAAAUGGAGCGAGAGCGGAAAGCAAUGGCAGAGAGAUUUAUAAUGACAGCAGCUAAGUUGAUAGCACCGGCAAUUGAAGCAUCAUUUGCAUCUGGAUAUGACUGGUGUGUGGAAAUGGUGAAGGCUUCCCAGUAUGUUGAACUAGCUAAUGACCUGGAAAUUAACAAAGCUAUUACUUACCUGCGACAGAGGGAUUUUAACCAGGCUGUAGAAACCUUGAAAAUGUUUGAGAAGAAGGAUAGCAGGGUUAAGAGCGCAGCUGCAACAAAUCUCUCCUUCCUUUACUUUUUGGAAAAUGAUUUUGGACUUGCAGACCGGUAUGCCGACCUUGCUAUGAGUGCUGAUCGAUAUAAUCCAGCAGCACUGACAAAUAAAGGAAACUGUGUCUUUGUUCGAGGUGACUAUGAGAAAGCAGCAGAAUUUUAUAAGGAAGCUUUACGGAAUGAUUCCUCUUUUACUGAGGCACUCUAUAACUUGGGUCUUACUUACAAGAAGUUGAAUAGACUGGAGGAAGCCUUGGAUUGUUUCUUGAAGCUCCAUGCAAUCAUGAGGAACAGCGCUCAAGUUAUGUACCAGAUUGCAAACCUAUAUGAAAUGUUGGAAGAUCUGACUCAAGCUAUUGAGUGGCUGAUGCAGUUGAUCAGCGUUGCCCCCACUGACCCACAGGCACUGGCUAAAUUAGGGGACCUGUAUGACAAUGAAGGAGACAAGUCCCAGGCUUUCCAAUAUUAUUAUGAGUCGUUCAGGUAUUUUCCAUCAAACAUUGAGGGCAUUGAAUGGCUUGGAGCCUACUACAUUGACACACAGUUCUGUGAAAAAGCGAUUCAGUACUUUGAAAGGGCAGCACUUAUCCAACCUACUCAAGUCAAAUGGCAAUUAAUGGUGGCUAGCUGUUAUCGGAGAAGUGGUAACUAUCAAAAGGCAUUGGAAACCUACAAAGACAUUCAUCAGAAAUUUCCUGAAAAUGCUGAAUGUUUGCGCUUUCUAGUUCGCAUUUGUACCGAUAUGGGACUGAAAGAAGUUCAGGAAUAUGCCACAAGACUAAAGAAAGUUGAAAAGAUGAAAGAGUUAAAAGAACAGCGUGUGAAGUCUGGCAGAGAUAGCAGCGCACGUGGUCGUCGAGAAGGGAGCGCUGGUAGCGAAAAUGGUCAAAGUAGCUACGUUACCAGUGUUAAAGGAGAACGGAUGAGUGCAAAGUUGAAGUCAUUGCCUGGAGUUAAUGAUCCCUAUGAAACAAGCAACAGUAAAGAUAUAGAUGCUUCAUAUGUGGAUCCACUUGGGCCACAAAUAGAACGACCCAGAACUGCAGCUCGAAAACGGGUUGAAGAAGAUGAAUUUGCAGAUGAAGAACUUGGAGAUGAUUUGUUACCAGAGUAAUAACUGCAUUCACUUGGGUGGAAAAAAAACCAAAAGAAAUAUCACUUUCAUAGAUGACUUACAAUAUUCUUGUUUUGAUAAUGUACAUGUUAAAUAUACUUAUUCUAUACUUGUCAUGAUUAUAGUUGCUUUAAUGUGCUUGCUAAUACAUUUUAUUACAUUUGUAAUUAACUAUUAAGUUCCUUGUAAAUAUAAAACUUGUAUAUUUUUGAUACUUUAAUAUUUGUCAUAUAAUGUUAAGGCAAUGGUAGUUGUAUAAUUCUUUGCAAGGCAUGUUCCAUGAUAGACUAAUAUCUCUAGUUGUAAUUAUAUUUGAAUAUCUGUGAUUAACUAUUUAAUAUUUCAUUUAUAGACAAGGAAAAUAUUUACAUAUUUAGGAUUGAAGGCAUGUCAACAUUUUAUUUACUUUUGUGCCAGUGUGAUUACAUUUUUGUACUAUUUCUGAACGUUACUUUCUUUAUUAAACAUAAAAUCAAAACUGA